CUGGCUCCCAGGGCGACUGUCUCCAAGGACUUCCCUCAUAGGUUAUAGCCAUGAUCUCCACCUCUGAAUGGCAGAAAAUUGGCAUGGGUACCAUGGGCUUUGGCAUCUUCUUCAUCUUCUUUGGGAUCCUCUUGUACUUUGACUCCGUGCUUAUAGCCUUCGGAAAUAUACUAUUCCUAUGUGGCCUCUCCUUCAUCAUUGGCUUGAGAAGGACUUUUGGAUUCUUCUUCCAGUGGCAUAAACUGAAAGGAACAAGUUUCUUCCUGGGUGGUGUGAUAAUUGUCCUCUUGCGCUGGCCUCUUUUGGGGAUGGCCCUGGAGACUUAUGGCUUUAUUAACCUCUUCAGAGGUUUUUUCCCGGUUGCUUUUGGAUUCCUAGGCUCCAGCAUCCCGUUUCUCAGUUCGCUGUUCCAGAGGUUCCAGGGCACCAGCUCCAUGGUCUGAUCAGCAGAGGUGGACUCCUUGAACUUGAACUGUUGUACGUGGGGAAGAUUGGACAUCGCCCCCACAUGCUUUUCUUGACAAAUUCCAGUCCUCCCUUGGAGGUGGGCUGAAGGGAUGGAGCUGAGUGAUUGAAUCUAGAGUUACCAAUGGGCUUAAUAUGAAUUCUGGCAAAGUCUCAGCCCCAUGGAUACCCUAACAGAAAGGAGUGGCCCAGGACAAAGACCCAAGGAGAUCAGACUGGAAUGGGUUCACAUCCCUGCCUUGUAUUUAUGGACAACAAAAAGAAAGACUUUUAAAGUAAAUUUCCAGAUUGAGAA